UUCAGGCAGACAGGUCCGCGCGACAGGCGGCACGCAGGAGGCACGGGCUUCGAUUUGACUCCCUUUUGUUCUGCGGGAAUGCAUAGCGGCAUUUCUUCUCGUAUUAUCCUUGCGUCGCGAGCAAACAGUCACUUGAAACGCGGCCCCCCCGGUUACGCGGGAAACUGCGUCAAACCCACUUCCCGAGUCAAUGAGGCCUGCUUCAAGGGUCCCUGCUCGUAGAGCGCAAACGCCCAUAUCGAGUCUGAUUUUGGGUCGUCCUUUCAUAAAAGGAGUCACCUGGUUGUCACUUUAUCCGUAGAAGCGUCGCUGACUCGAGACUCGGGCGGAGGUCUUGUCUAGUUAGGUCAAGGUCACAUCCAUUAGCCCAACAUCUUUCUAUAAUCACACACUCUAAGAGCACCUCUACAGGGUGAGGCCGAUACCUGCCACGUACACAAUACACGCGCAGGCGCACCGUGCUUUCGCCACUAAAAUGCUCCCGCGGUCCAGCUUUUGAGUCGACUCAAAAGCACCGUGAUUUCGGCCCUAUCAUGCUCCCGUGGCGGGCGAGCAACCCCAUGGCCUCAGCCGCAGCGACGGCGAACGUGGUUCGGCGCGCUACUGUGACGAGCCCCGCCCGAGGGCCGCGGCGGUUGCGGUUCCCGCUAGUAGCGUUCGGCGCGGUGGCGCUGCUGCUGCUGCUGCCGCCGUGCGUCAUGCCGCGGGAAACAGGCGGGAGAGAGACUGCUGCUGGUGCUGGUGCUGGUGCUGCUGGGAAACCGCAGCAGCAGCAGGAGAAGCAGCAGGAGCGGCAGCAGCAGCAGGCGGAGCAGGAGCAGCAGGAGAGGAGGUAUUUGGACUCAGGGGUAGCGAGUGAGUGGGCGCAGGAGGAGCAAGAUGCAGCGUCGCCGCUGCCGCUGCUGCACCGGCAGCAGUGGCACAUCACGUGGCAACGAACGGAGGAGGAUGAGGAGGAGGCAGGGGAGGAAAAGCAAGAGGAGGGGGGGAGACGGGAGGAGGAGCGGGACGGGGAAAGGCAAGCGGAUGGGGAGAAGAGGCUCGCGGAAAGGGAUGCGGAUGGAACACUGGCGCCUCAGAUCGAAGCCGCUCCCUGGGGGAGUGGACGGGGAGGAGGAGAGGCGAGCGCACGCAGCGGGGAGGGUGCGGCGGUGGGUGCGGGAGAGGGUCCUCCUCCUCCUCCUCCUCCUGCUGCUGCUGCUGCUGCUGCUGCUGCUGCUGCUACUUCCUCCUCCUCCUCCUCCUCCUCCUCCUUCCCCCAGCGCAUUCACUUGAGCAGCAGAGUUUCGCGGAUGGGCGGAACACAGUGGGGGGGGGAAGGCGCGGAAGGAACGGACCACUUUCUGCAGGUGAUCCGCGCCGAGGAGAGGAAAGACGCGGCGAGACAGGCUGCAGAGACAGCCGCCGCCGCCCAUACCCACGCGCACGUGCAGGGUGCAGAGAAAGCAGGCCCCGCCCAUUCCCACCAGCUCCCGCAAGGUGCAGAGAAAGCAGCCGCCGCCCAUACCCACCUGCACGUGCAAGGUGCAGGGGACGCAGCCGGGGAGGGGCAGGGGGACGGGGACGGGGCUCGAACCGGGUGGUUGGAGCAAAUCGCGCCGUCUGGCGGGCAGCAGCUAGCAGGAGAGGGGCAAGGCAGCCAGACAGAAUCCGCAGAUCAGAGGUUCCGAGCUGAAUCCACUGACCCUCUGGUAGCUGCUGGCUCCCUCCUGCAGAGUGACCAAGCGAGCCGCCAGGCUAGCAGUGCUGCUAGUGCCGCUAAUGCUGCUAACCUGUGGGGAGGCUUUCAGGCUGCCGUAACCGAGUUGCUGCUGGCGCCCUCCUCCGCCCCUGCACCCUCCCCCCUCUCUCCCGCCUCCGCCCCCGCCCCCCUGCCUGGCCUCAUCCCCCCGCCUCCCGCUCGUCCUCCUCCUCCCCGACCCCCUCCCCCCCGCCCCCCUGCCCCUCGCCCCCCUCCUCCCCGCCCCCCUCCUAGCCCCCCCGCCCCGCAUCCACCUCCUAAUCCCCCUCCCCCUUCCCCACCUUCGAAUCCCCCUCCUCGCCCCCCUCCCCGCCCCCCUACUCCCCCACCCACCCCUGCUCCCCUUCCCCCUUCUUCCCCGUUCACCCCUUCCCCCCGUUCCCCUUCCCCUCCACCCGCUCCUUUGCCCGCCGACCCUCCUGCUAUGUCCCCAGCGGAUUCCCCCGCCCCCUCCUACGCCCCCUCUCCUGCCCCUUCUCCCGCCCCCGCCUUUGGUCCCUCCCCCGCUCCCUCCCCUUCUCCCUUCCCUACUCCCUUCCCCACCCCUCCUCCUCCCCCCAAAUCCACCCCUCCCCCUCCUCGCAAGUCCCCCCCCCCAUCUCUCCUUCCCCCUCCCCGUUCCCCUCCCUCUUCCCCCCCCCCUUCGACUGGCCCCCCUUCCGCCUGCACCCCUUGGCAAUCCGCCCCCAUCCUCUUUAUAAACAGGCCCUGGGAGAUCUCUAAGCGCCUCAGGUACCCUCCAUCCACCACCGUUUUCCUUAUCCUAAACGCCUCCCUCUCUCUCCCUUUCGGCCUUGUAUUCAAUGCCUCCUACUCCUGCACUAUACUCCGAUCGGCCAAGCGGGGGGAAGGGGGGAGCACGGGGGGAGACGGGGCGUGGGCGGGGUUUGUGGGGAUGUGGGGGAUGGGUAGGGCGGCAAGUGCAGCAGCAGCAGCAGCAGCAGCAGGAAUGGCAGAGGGGGAAAGUUCAGGAGGAACGGGUAUAGAAGAUGCAGAAGCAGCAGGAGUAUUGAGUGCAGCAGGGGCAGAUGGGGAGGGGUUAGGAAGAGCAGGGCCAACAACAGCAGCAGGAGCAACAGCAGCAGGUGAAGCAACAUGGGCAGGGGUGGAAGCAGGAGCAGCUGAAAUCGGGGGAGUAUCAGCAGCAGCAGCAGCAGCAGCAGCAGGAGCAGCAGCAGAAGCGUCGGAAACAGCAGCAACAGCAGCAGCAGGAGGGGGGAGGUGGGGCGGUUUCACGAUCCGCCUCGUUAUAAGAACGGACCAGCCGGUGCUGUCGAUAGUGGGCGCGCACGACGUGCUUGUAUACGACGUGAGCUUCGUGCUCCGCAUGGACGACACGUCACCCCCGUGCCGGAGCGUGCCCGUGGUGGUCAACGAGUGGGACAGCUGCCCCGCUAUCCACGUCAGCAGAUCGUACGGUGUCCAGAUAGGCAAGGGCCAAGUGUAUGGGCGGAUAGACCUGUUGCGGGUGAUGGCAGCACGCAUCGACAGCAUGGUGAUCACAUCCCUGGACAUUGACACGUCAGCAGGGGCUAUCCACGUGGCACUCUCUGGGCAUGGCCCCACCCUCAUGCGCUCUGAUAUUAGCAUCUCCAAUAACGAGGUGUAUGGCGUUGACACACCUAUAAUCCUCGACUCAGGGGCCGUCGGAGUGAGUGUUACCAACAACCUCAUCCACUCCUUUGGCUCGGCUGCGGUUCGGUGCGGUGCGGGUGGGUACAGCCAGGGCGACUGCAUGCUGACUACCAUUGCCAACAAUGUCAUACAGAGAAGGGGAGGUGUGCCCGGGAAUGCUGCUAUCUCCGCUUCUCCUGCUGCCGCUACUGCUACUGCUGCUGCUGCUGCUUCUACCAGUGCAUCUGAGGCCUCUGCUACUGAUGCUGGGGACGCUGCUAUUGCUGCUGAUAUUGCUACUGCCGCUGCUGUUGAUGAUAGGGAGGAGGAGGAGGAGGAGAAGGAUGGGGAUUUGUCUAGUCGUUUGCUUAGUAACAGUGAUGAUGCGCCAUACUUUUCCCUCCAUCGUCCCAGCCACCAUGCGAGUGACGAUAAUCGAUACCAUGCGCAUGCCCACCAUCAUCCUACACCUCAUGUUGUGAGCGAGCUCGCUACAGCCGCACCUGCUACAGCCGCACCUGCUACAGCCACACCCUCUACACCUGCGGCUCUUUCAUCGGAUGUGGGUCCUGAGAGGCUUGGGGGUUCCGGUGGUGGUAUCAGCAGUGCUGGUAAUGCUGGCAGCAGUGGCGUGAGUGUGUACUUCAACGUUCCCCAGCCUUUCCCUUCUGUUACUACGGCUGCAGAGGCAGGGGCCGCAGGAGCAGAGGGGGCAGGAGGAGAGGGAGCAGGAGCAGAAGGAGCAGGAGCAGCAGCAAAGGAGGGAGGAAGACUGGGGAAAGGAGUCGCAGAAUCACCAGCAGCAACAGCAGGAUUCACAACAGCUGCUGUGGCAGCAGCAUCGGAAGCAUCAGCAGCAGCAUCAGCGGCAGCAUCAGCAGCAGAAGCAGCGGCAAAAGCAGCAGCAGCGGCAGCGGCAGCAGCAGAGGCGGCAGCAAAAGCAGCAGCCGCAGCAGCGGCAGCAGCCGCAGCAGCAGCAAAUGCAGCAGCCGCAGCAGCAACAGCAACAAGUGCAACAGCAACAACAGCAGCAACAGCAGCAACAGUAGCAGCAGCAACAACAGCAGCAGCAGCAACAACAGCAGCAGCAACAACAACAGCAGGAGCAACAGAAGCAGCAGCAGCAGCAGCAGCAACACCAACAACAGGAGCAGCAGCAGCAGGAAGGGCGUAUGCAUAUGCGGCCAGUGUGAACAGUGGCAGCUCCACCGGCAUUCACUUUGCGACUGGCUGGCUCAAUCCCGGCAACCAGGCGCAGUGCAACUACGUGUUUGGCGCGGACAGCUGCUACUGGCUGGGGGAGCAUGCGAUGGGCGUGCGCGUGAGGGGCGGAGCAUGCGUGCGCACUCCCCGCGGUGUGGUGGUGGAGAAUGGGAAGAGGAACGACAUUCGCUGGCUCAUUAUGCGGGGUAGCAGCAGCACGCCCGUGACCCUCUCUUGCACACAGCCGAGCAAGUUCAACUGCGGCAGUGUCAUCGGGCGGUACUGGGAGUGGAUGCGGCGCACCUACUACCGCACUCCUUCCUUCACCUCUGCCUUCCCCUGGCUGUCCAACGUCUGCCAGCAGACUGCCAUCAACGGCACUCAGUGCUCUCUCUCUCUCCCUCGCCCCCCCCCCGUUCUGCUCCGCCUCCUCCUCCUCCUCCUUCCCCCCGCCCCAUCUCUUUCAUCUGGUCUUUCAACCCUGCUGCUGCUGCCGCCCCUGCCACGCCUCACAAUCGGAACUUUACCCAUCCCAUCCAUACACCUGCCGUUCCUCCCCCUCCCCCUCCUCCCCGUGUGCGUUCUCCCCAUCCUCCCCCUCCGCCUCCCCCUCCCCCUCAUCCUUCCCCUCCUCCUUCCCACUCCACUGUAUUCAUCUCCUCUCUUGCAACCACUACUCUCAUAUCCCCCCACCGCUCCACUUUCCACUCCCAAACCCAGCAUCUGGCCCACCUCACCACCACCACCACCGGUCCUCACCUCAGUAACCAAGCUCACCUGAGCACUCAAGACCGUCCCACCGCAAAAGACACAAUGCCACAGCAGAGAGGGGAUACGCGCACACCAGGAGAAGAAGAAACUACUCUUGAAUCAACUCAAGGGAGCACCCAAGGGCAUCGCAGUCCGCAAGGCACACUGCUGCAGCAGGGAGGAGGGGGUGUGCCCAUGCCAGGAGACCCCGAAGGAGCAAGAGAGUCACUAGCAGUGGACCAGACGAGCACAAUAGUGGAAGCAGAGGGAGCUGAAAGCGCAAAGGCAGCAUUGGCACGGGCAGAGUCGUCAGACUCGCAGGGGAGGGAGGAAAGGACAGGUUUAUCAUCGUCCGAGGGAGGCCAUCGACGAAAGAGUUCACCGGUUCGCAUCGGCACUGCCAAGCUGGUGUUUCCUUCCUCCCCUUCCUCCCCCAGCAGCAGCAGCAGCAGCACACCUGAAGGUCAGCAUCAUCACCCCCACCACCACCACCACCAACAGCAACAGCAACAGCAACAACACCAAGACCAACGCCGAGAAGAUGAAAGAGGAGGAGGAGGGAGUGGCCAGCAGCAAGCAGUCGAGAUCAUCAAACCUCCAGGCCCAGCAAGUGGAGCCCGUCACACUGCAUCUCUGCACCACACUGCGUUUCACACAUUGGCCCGUCCCGAUUCCCCGCAGCUAGAAGGUAUCACCUAUGGUCAAACUGGCAGCGGUGGCAGCAGAAGAAGAAGCCGAAGCAGCAGCAGGUACAGCAACAGCAGCAGCAGCAGCAGCAGCAGCAGCAGCAGCAGCAGCAGCAGGAGCAGGAGAAGAAAAGCACUGCUACAGCAAAUCUCUUUUCCUAGAAUUAAAUCCUUCAAGUCAUCUGGCAGCAGUAGAAGCAGCAUCUCUGCUUCUGACCCUGGCGACUGCAGCGGCAUACCAACCGAAAACACCCUCGCUGUUCUCUCCUUAGACGCCAGAACACCACCCAGGCCAACCCCACCCCCACCCUCACCACCCCCACCCAAAUCAUGGUCACCCAAACCACCGCCUCCCAGAUCGCCACCCAAGCAUCCCCCACCCCCAUCCUCCCAGCCCCCUUACAGUCAGCUCCCUUACAGCAACUGCGAGUCUGUGCCUGUAGCACCCAUGAUAAACAAGGUGCAGGUUAUUCGGUGGACUCGGCCUAUAGAUGAGCUGCUUUUUAUCGACUACGAAAAUAACAACUUUGGUGUAACGGGCACCGAUUCGGCAAUGUACCAGCGCUGGCCGAAUUUCCUCAGCUGCGACCGGAAACAGGUUGGAGCAAUGAGGAGCGCUUUAAAGAGGACGGACUAUCUCCGCGCGUUCGCCAGGCCCAAGCCGCAGGGGUUCGAUUUUGUGGCGAAUACCAUGGGUACAGUGCACAUUAUGAAUCCACAGCAAAUGGGGGCUAAUCCGGUCGAUUUCUGAGCCAUCUCCCUGCUGCCUUGACUUCAGCGACUGGUGCUCAGCGGCAGUAACCGUAUUAUUACCAGUACAUGUUACACGUUCCACCUUAGCACGAGUUUGCUUGCAUGGGGAAUCCAAGAGAUAAACCUGUAUUUAUGAGGAUGCAAACCUAGAUUGUCAUUAGUGUCACUCGACGGACUGUUCAAAUUAUAUAAGUUAUAAUUUAAUAUAGGCUUGGUAGGUUG